GUCACAUGAGAGAUGUCACAUGACCAGGAGGAGGCGAACACAGCCCGGCAGGAGGAGGAGGAUGUCAUGUGACAGUCACAUGACAGCCAGGAAGCAGAGCUGGAGAAGCAGGAGGCGCUGUCACCAUGCCUCAGAGGCUCUCUGUGGAGAAGCAGGCCUACUCGGUGCCUCUAAUCCAGCCAGACCUGCGGAGGGAAGAAACCAUACAACAGAUCACCGACACCCUGCAACACCUACAGACCGUGUCCAAUGACAUCUUCAACAGGAUCCUCCAGAGGGUGGAGACAAACAGAACGCAGCUCAGAAACAUCAACAAUCGAGUCAGCCUGGCACAAGCCAAGAUAGAGAAGAUCAAAGGCAGUAAAAAGGCUAUUAAGGUUUUUUCAAGUGCCAAGUACCCAGCCCCUGACCGCCUUCAGGAAUACACAUCUAUUUUUUCUGGUGCAGAAGAUCUGUUUUCUGAGAAAAGGCCACGACACAAAAUCCAGAGCAAGCACCGUCCUUUGGAUGAACAAGCCUUGCAGGAGAAGUUGAAGUAUUUCCCAGUAUAUGUCAGCUCCAGGGCUCAGGAGGAAGAGGGAGCAGAGGAAGGACUGGGCAGUCUGCCUCGAAACAUCAAUUCUGCUAGCUCUCUUUUACUCUUCAACACAACUGAGAAUCUCUAUAAGAAAUAUGUCUUUCUGGACCCCCUGGCCGGGGUGGUCACCCGCACUAACCAAGCAACCGAGGGUGAGGAUGGGGAUCGGCUAUUUGAUGCACCCUUCUCUAUCACCAAGAGAGAACAAUUAGAGCGACAGACAGCAGAGAAUUACUUCUAUGUCCCAGACCUGGGCCAAGUCCCGGAGAUUGAUGUCCCGUAUUACUUGCCAGACCUACCAGGAGUGGCUGAUGACCUUAUGUACAGUGCUGACCUCGGCCCUGGAAUUGCUCCAUCAGCUCCAGGAGGUCCUAUCCCUGAACUUCCGACCUUCAGCACCGAGGUUUUAGAACCUUCCAAGACAGAUGCUCAAGACGGACAUCUCCUCCCACCACCGCCGCCGCCUCCUCCUCCUCCGCCACCUCCCCCUCCACCACCUGCUCCACCUUCUUUGUCACCACCUGCGCCACCGCCAAUGCAGCCAAUCAUCAGAACGCCUACGCACACAGGAGCGGAAAGCAAGAAUGUCAAUCAAGCUGCGGUUCAGGAAUCACCAAGUGAAGUGGUCAAACCAUCUGAUGGCAGGGCAUCGCUGCUGGAAUCCAUCCGCCAGGCGGGAGGAAUAGGAAAAGCCAAUCUGCGUAAUGUGAAGGAGAAGAAGCUGGAAAAGAAGAAAAUGAAGGAGCAGGAACAAGUGAUUGCCACAGGAGGUGGAGGAGAUCUCAUGUCCGAUCUGUUUAAUAAGCUGGCGCUAAGGAGAAAAGGUAUUUCUGGAAAGGGGCCAGCGGCCGGAAAUGCAGACUCUCCAGCAGGAGCUUUUGCCCGAAUCUCAGACACCAUCCCACCCAUGCCCCCACCACAAGUGAUGUCAGGGGAUGGCGAUGAAGAUGAGUGGGAAUCUUGAAAGCAGUUUGUAAAUUUUCAUUAGUAGAACCAGCUACUGGUGAUUUAGAUCCAGCACUAAGAAUGGACCUGGGACCAUAACCUCACCAAAAAACUAUACUAUAGUGCUAAUCAUUGGAUUACAUUUUGUUUGAGGCUUCCAGAUGUUGGCUUUGUAAAGGUUUAUCAUAUUAAGGAGGUACAGGAGAGAAUGUUUUUUUUUUUUUUUUUAUAUAAUCUUGAAAAAUGUUCCAUUAAAAGCAACUAUCAAUGGUCUAGCAAAUACUUUUCCUUUACCCGACUACCUUCCAGAAAUGUAUAAAAAUACUGCAUAUGGUACAUCAGUAGAUGGAAUAAAUAUAUGAAGUAUAUGUGCUUA